UUACAAUUGGUGAAUUUUAAAAAUCUAUAAGGAACUCAGUAAUUUCUAAAGUGGUUUAAAAAAUGUUUAGGGCGCGAAAGAAAAUACACUAUCUAAGCCUUAAUUUGGUUGAGAUACCUCAGCACCUAAGAAAUAUGAAAAAAGUAAAAGAUGACUUCCCCCUGCAACGGAUUUCCGUGGAAAAGUUGGAAAUCAACAUGGAAGUCGAUUUAGAGAGAGCUUUGGAACUAUGCGGCGCUGGCAAAUAUCAGGUCUUCCACUGUGCUCUGAUGGUGACGACGCUCGGGGCAGCCAUGUUGGAAAUGAUCGGAUCCUCCUUCAUCCUACCGGCGGCCGCCUGUGAUCUGGAUAUACCUGAUAACUUGAGAGGAAUUAUAACUUCUAUACCUAAUAUUGGAGUGAUAGUCACAGCACCGUUCUGGGGACGCGCAGCAGACACUUUCGGCAGAAAACCAGUACUUCUGUUUUCAACAGCGGUGUCGGGAGUGAUAGCGCUGGUAGCCGCCUUCAUGCCCAGCCUGUUGAGUUUCGCUCUGUGCAAGUUCCUUGGUUCCUUGUUUCUCUCCUGUCCCUCGUCCCUCGGGUUCGCGUACGCCGGCGAGCUGGUGCCGAGGAUGAGGAGAGACCUCGCGGUGUUGAUAUGCAACGCUCUGCUCAUGCUGUUCGCUUCCUUGUGUCCCAUUUUCGCAUGGGGCGUCCUGUCGUACAACUGGCUGGCGCUAGGGCUUCGCCCCUGGCGCGUGCUGACGGUGGUGUACGCCGCGCCGCUGCUGCUGGUGGCGCUGUGGCUCACGCAGACCAAGGAGAGCCCCAAGUUCCUCAUGACGAAGGGCAACGCGACACAAGCUUUGGAAGUCCUGCGGCAUAUCUUCGCUUACAACAGCCGCUGCGCUAAAAAUACCUAUUGCGUGACGUCACUGAAGAGUGAUGAAGACAAGCCUGAUGAGGAGAAGCAGUCGGCACUGGCGCUGCUGCGGCCGCCGCAUGCCAAGUGGGUCGCUCUGACGGGGUUCCUGAUGUUCGGCUUGUUUUCCUUGUUAAACGGACUGUUCUUAUUCGCACCUAACACGAUAAACAAGAUGAUGACACAAGGAGACCAGCCUGCUACUAUUUGUAUGUUAUUGAAAGAACCUGAAAAUCAGACCUCCAACGCGACGUGCGUGGACAGCAUAUCGUCGAGCACCUUCCAGAUCACAGUGCUGACGUCGGUGAUCUACGGCGUCCUGGUGCUGCUGCUGAGCCUCAGCCCGCUGUCCAAGAAGGCGCUGCUGGUGGGCAUGUACGCUGUGGUCGGCGCCAGCAGCCUCGUCUCCGCCUUCACCACCAACAGGAUAGUGGCAGGCAUAUCGAUGUCAGCCCUCCAGAUAACCGCUCUGGGCAUCGGGCCGCUGUGCGCCUACACCGUACAGCUCUUCCCGACCAGCUUGAGAGGCACGGCGGUGGGCGCGGUGAUGAUGUUCGGGCGGCUGGGCUCGGUGGCGGGCGCCAACGCUGCCGGGGUCUUCUUGGCCGGAAGCUGCAUCGCCACUUUCUACGGGUUCGCGGCGCUUCUGUUCUUCUGUGCAGGCCUCAGUUUUCUGCUACCAAGAGACCAACCGCCGAGCAAAGUCGGGUGAAACACCGCUGUCACACAAUCACCAAUCCUUAGUGAUAUAUACUACGUCUGACUCAAAAACAGUAUAAUAUAUACGUAUGAGAUAUAUGUAUACGAGUACUAAGUUAGGUUAAAGUUAGUUUUUGAAAAUCACUUACAAGUAACCGUUGCUUCUGCAUUGCAUUAGCGACACACGGUCAUUACAUCGAAAUAAAUGAUUAUAUUAUGGACUAGCGGACGCCCGCGACUUCGUCCUCCCUUAGACCUCUUUAAUCCAGCACUUACAGUAGUAUAAGUCGUAAAAAUGGAGUAACUUCUCCCGUUUUCCCAACAUUUCCCUUCACUGUUCUGCUCCUAUUGAUCGCAGCAUGAUGAAAAGUACACUAUAAUCUGCCCAGGAGUAUGAAGAAUAAUUUUACCAAGUUUCAUUAAAAUCCGUUAAGUAGUUUUUUGUUUCUAUAAUGAACAUACAGAGAGACGAAAUAUUUACUGAUUGCAUUUUUGGCAUCAGUAUCGAUCACUAAUCACCCCAGGAUAAUAUUUUGGAAAUAUAUUUCAUGUACAGAAUUGACCUCUCUACAGAUUUAUUAUGAGUAUAAAUAGAUAUGGCUUCAAUACUUUUUCACUGCCCGCAGACUAGACAAUAUACUUGACCGUGUGUGGCUGGCGUUACGCUUCUUCAGUUUCACACAUUGUAUCUGUCUGUUGUUAUCAUUCAAAAAUACGUACCUCUUUAGAUGUUGGUGAAAAAUAACUUCUAGAAAAGACAUAUAUUAUAAAAAAUGUCAAAGAUUGUCAGAGCUAUGUGAAUUAGAGAAAUUAAAUCUAAGUAAAACAAAACGAAGAAGAAUAUAAAACAAUACAAUAAUUACAAUAUUAUAGUAAAACGCUUUUUGACAGAUUUUCAUUUAGUAUUCACUAAUAAGAAGUUUUAUGUACUCAUGAAGAUAAUAUUUUUUAAGGCUUUAGGUAUGUUUAAACUGUUUGAAAUACUAAUAUAAUUAAUUUAUUGAUAAUUGUUGGAAACGAGGGAAGAAGUCAAAUCUCCUGGGAGCUGUCAUCGAAAACGCUGCCAAAUCCCAUCAUAUUAAAAACAAUGAAUGUACUUUUACACUGAUUUACUCGCAGACGAAACUGCGGGCGUCUGCUAGUACUAAAUAAAAGGAAGUACCUAAAUGCGGCAGGGUAAUUCAUUAACUUUGACUAAUGUUACUUACUUAUACUAUACUUAAACAAUACACAUCACUAUCUAGCCCCAAAGUAAGCAUACAGAGUAGUUUGUGUUAUGGGUGCUAAGAUAGUUGAUAUUAUAAUAUUAAUAUACAAUUAUAUACUACAUAUAAAUACUUAUAUAAUGUAUAAAUACACACAGACACUGGAAAACACCCAUGUUCAUCACACAAAUAUUUUCCAGUUGUGGGAAUCGAACCCACGGCCGUGGAUGCAGAAAGCAGGGUCACUACCCACUGCGCCACGCGGCCGUCAAAAUGACAUACAUGUAAUUGAGAUUCUAUGUAACAGAUGUCACCCAGUGCCUACUGACAACCCUUCGUGGAAUCAUGCAGUAGGUACUUUAUGACAUUUCUCAAGUGAUUUGAUGUUUAUUUUAAUAGGUUGUUAAUAAAGACCAAAGUAGUGACUAGACCAGCCCCCUUAGCCAAGUAGCACGUCAAUUUUCUUUCUACGAUCGCUUACGCUUCGAAAAUUUUGACGGCCUCCGUGGCGCAGUGGUAUGCGCGGUGGAUUUACAAGACGGAGGUCCUGGGUUCGAUCCCCGGCUGGGCAGAUUGAGAUUUUCUUAAUUUGUCCAGGUCUGGCUGGUGGGAGGCUUCGGCCGUGGCUAGUUACCACCCUACCGGCAAAGACGUACCGCCAAGCGAUUUAGCGUUCCGGUACGAUGCCGUGUAGAAACCGAAAGGGGUGUUGAUUUUCAUCCUCCUCCUAACAAGUUAGCCCGCUUCCAUCUUAGACUGCAUCAUCACUUACCAUAAGGUGAGAUUGUAGUCAAGGUCAAAAAAAAAAUUAGAAAGAUGUAUAAGAAUCACAUUUGCUAUCGACAGGUCACGUGAUCAAGAUCUGUCAUUCCCAUUCAUUUUUCUAGUUUUCGAAGCGUUAGCGAUCGUAGAAAGAGAAUCGACUUGCCACUUGGCUAGGAGGGCAGCAGGUGGUUCACACCGCUUUAAAUAGUCGAUCCUGAUUAAUUAUCUUGUUUCUUUAAAUAUCACUUUAGCAUUUAUUUUUAAAAUAGUGUUCGUUGUAAGAUGAUUAGUGACAUUCGUGGAUGAGUAAUAAAUUAUUUAUGUGUAAAUAAAUUACAAUGUAUUUACAUUUAAAUGAAUUAAAAUUUUAUUAUUUUAAUA